UAACUAUCAAAGGCGGAACGGUACACAUUUACCCAUGCCGUGCAAUAGGAUAAUAGCAGUUCGGUGAAAAAUAACUGAUUAAAACAAGAGCAAUACACAAAUAGGUUCAAGGCAAAGAAUGUGGAAUUCACACAACUGGUAUUAAAGCUGAAUUAAAGUUUUCAAGACUGACAGCUUAAGGAUAAAUUCCACUAGUAAAUUUUAGGUCAGAGGUUAAAUACAAAGGUCUAAAAAUGACGUGGUAUUCACAAAUCUGAUUUCAAGAUGGAAGAUGUAACUGCUAUAAUCAUUGGGUGCUCUGUUGGUGGCACAGUGCUUGUCAUAAUUGUAGUUGUUGCCCUUGUCAUCAUUUGCAUCAGAGGGAAAAAAGAGAAAAAGCCUCCAAGCUCCAAGGCUGCACAUCCUGGGUCUCAGGUAUUAAACUUACGUAACCAACCAAGCAUCCCUAAUAAGCAUAAUAAUAACCACAGCAACAGUCGCCAUAGCAACCAUAGUAACAACAGCAGUAACAAACAUCCAGAAAAAGGAGAACAGCAGAGUUCAUUCCCAAAAGGAGGAAUAUGGGUGAACAAUCCAACAAUUAUGCAAAGCUCAGGGUUUCACUCCAAUGGUCCCAUGGCGCCAUCCAAGACUCAAAUGUUAGACCCAGCUGUAUACAUGAACCAAAUAGAAAAGGGGAGGAAAUAUGCCAAUGGUUAUGCUGUAAAGACAAGCAUUCCUGAGGGCUUGAAUCAUCAGCCUAAUGGUCAUGUCAAUAGAGGCUUUGUCAGUGAGAACAACAUAAAUCAAGCAAACUACCUCAGAAAACCUACAGAUCGUGUACAACGUAGUGCUAGUGAAGUGCGAGCAAGUAAACAAAGCUUAGAGAAGAAAGAAAAACGUAACCGAAAUUCACAUGACUCAGACAGAGAUAACUUUAUUUUGAAAAGAGCCCCAAGUUAUGAAACAGGUAUGGAUACUCCAAGAAGGAGCAUACAGAGUGAUCCAACACCAGGCAUAAGGAGAACACAAAGUCAGAUAACACAAGACCAUAGGUUUUUCCCCUGGUAUAAAAAAGAUGAUAAAAAUAAAGGGCUCCAGGGAUACAAUGGUUUCAAGCCUACUCGCGGUGAUAAAGAUAAUAGUAGAAAUGUAGAUAGGGUGCGAAGCUUUUAUGAGCGCCCUCUAUCUACCUCAGAGGUACCAUAUCCUGGAAAACCAGUCAGACGAAGCCAAAGCCAGCAAAUAAAUCACCAACGUAAAAUGGCAGCAGCACAACCUGUCUUGAAACAUUACAAAGUGAACAAUGAUGACUUAUAUGCUGUCCCAAGCAAAGUUAAAGCUCAGAAUAGAAUUUCCCAAAGCCAACAGGAGGUUAUACCUGAGACAGGUGAGUCUGUUGCUGUUGUACAAGUGAACAAUCCUCCUGUUAAGCCCCCUAUCAAAGAAGAGCCUGUAAUAGAGGCUACUGUACACCGUACAUCACCCAUCAUACACAAGUCCAUUUCACAGACCUCAAAGACAGCUACAUCUGACUAUCAAGAACCUUCUGGGGGAGACUACUACUUCAGUUUGGAUGGUGAAAAACCCUUGGAGACUAAAUCUAUCAACUUAGAAAUUGAAGGUAGCAAGAUUGCAAGUGAUGCUUUCAGGUUUUUGGACAGUGAAGACUCUACCUCUGUUGACUUUAACUGAAUAG